ACUUCAUGGAGUUCAUUGAAUUAGCAGCUGUCAUUCCAAACUUUUCUCCACGCCCAACCCGUGACGCCAAGUAGGACGUCCCGCGUGAAUCAGCCUGGACUCCACCAGAACCAGGACUUCACUUGUGAUCUGUUCUCGUUUGGACGUCCCAGAAACAUGCCAAGCGCGCAACAGGCUCGGAACAGCCGGUCACACGAUUCCGGACUUCAUGGGAAACUUCUCCACUCUUUCCAUUGACUGGAUUUAACCACUAACAUAACAAAACUUGCACCUGGAGACUAAAGUUGAUUUCUUACUUGAGAAAAAUCGCGUGGAUUAUAUUUUGGAGACGCAAUUACGCACGGAAUUCCUCAAUUCUCAAACAAAUGCCAGCGCUUAAAUUGAGCAUCACCCCUUUUCUCGAGUCCCACAAACCCCCUCACAGUUCCGGAAAAUCCUAGCAUCUCUCGCACCCAGGAUGUGGGCCGGAGGACUCCCGAUCGCCGUGAUCGCAACUCUCCUGGCUGUCGCGAUCGACGUGAAGGCCAACGGCGAGUACUGCCACGGAUGGCACGACGCCCAGGGAGCGUGGAAGGAAGGAUUCCAGUGCCCGGAGAAGAUAGACGGCGUGGAUGCCAUCAUUUGCUGCGGGAAGUGCGAGUUGAGAUACUGCUGCUCCAGCACGGACGCAAGGCUGGACCAGGGCAGCUGCGACAACGACAGGCGAGCCCUCGAACCCGGCGCCGAGGGAAAGGAGAGCAAGGAAUCCGAUGCAGUCCCCAUCUACGUCCCCUUCCUGAUUGUGGGUUCCGUCUUUGUGGCCUUCAUCCUAGUAGGCUCGGUUGUGGCCAUGUGUUGCUGUCGCUGCCUGCGCCCCAAGCGGGAGCCAUCGGCGGGAUCGGGCGGCGGAAGCGGUCGCCCCCUGGAAACCAUCCCCAUGAUGUCCGGCACCUCCAGGGGAUCGUCGUCGCGCCAAUCCAGCACCGCCGCCUCAUCAAGCUCCUCCGCCCCGUCUGCUAACCCCCGGCCGGGACCCGCCGCACCCACCCCCAUGGUCCGGGCGCAGGCCUCUUGCUGUCUGCCGCCCGACGCUAGCGUUUUCGUUAACAUGCCCACCAACUUCUCCGUUCUCAACUGCCAGCAGGCCACACAGAUCAUGCCUCACCAGGGGCAGUUCCUGCACCCGCAGUACAUUGGUUAUGCGCACCCAGUGGCCCCCGCUUUUAUGGACCCCACCCAAGGCGGGUACCGACCCCUUCAGUCUCCAUGUCCACCGCCUCAAGCUGGAAGCUCCAGUGUCGUCAGUGAUCAGAAAUACCCUCCAGUGACAGUGUGACGACCAGCAUGACAAAGUUCUGGUGCGCACCCCUUAUCCGCCCCUGUUUUUUUAAAAAGAACUCCUGCUGUUUGUUAGCAGAACUGCCACUGGUGUCUGGUGUCGAGCUCAACUUACAAACUCAAAAAUAUUCACCAGUGUGAAAAAUUGGUGUGUUUGGACCGGUGCUGACUAACGUGAGUUAUGGUGCGCGUUGGUGUGUAAAGGUGUGCGUGUUAUGGUAAACGCAGGCGCUCUCCCUGAAGACUAUUUAAACGUUAAUGAAGUGAGUGCGGCGCAGGGAGCGUGACGCUCCAGACUUUACCUCCCGGCGUGAGAAAACGCCGACGUCACUCGAAGGAUCAUGAGGCGGCACUUUGAAGACGAUACCUCCCUCUACAGCCCCCGCCGCGCACCCCUCGCUCACCCCUCCCACGAGGCGCUCUACUGGAUUUAACGCUCGCGAAGUUCGGUGCCGAGGGAAAAAGCAGUCGCUCGUUGCCUUGGAAAUGGAGAAAGUGCAGCCCGUACGCACGAUAAGCAGCUCGUGUCGUUCAGGGUGCGCGAGUGCUGUUUUGAAGAUUAAUGUGGAAAAAUAAAAAUGUCGUUUUCAGGGAGUUUCUGCAUCUGCUUUGCUUGAUUUCACAAGUGAAAUGCACUCAAAUAACAGCAAAACAUACUUUAAGAGUUGAUUUUCCCACGCUUUUUAAGCCGCACACCUCCCUUAACAUCAUGACAAUGUUGGCGCACCCACUUUAGCACGUUGGUUUAGCACACACAAAAAACACAAACUUGAUAUACUCUGAGAUAUGUCUUUAUCAAACCCAUGACAUCACAUCAUUUAAUAUUUCAGUAGAAUUGCAGCGCCCACUUUACUCUGCACCUCCUUAAAAAAAAUCAUUACACUUUGAGUCUAGUGCUGCAACGAUUAAUCGAUUAACUCGAGUAUUCGAUUAGGAAAAAAGAUUCAAAAUAAAUUUUGCUGCUUCGAGUAUUCGUUUAUUUAAAUUGACGUUGUGAUGGUUUGUUUUGAAAGUGUUUCCAUUUAGUUUUAUUGAUAUGGGUGGAUACACUGCCUCAUUUCACAUGGUUGAAUCCAGCUGCUCCCUGUUAAGACCAAUAUAAGCUAAGUUUUUGUUUGAGCUCAUUUUCUUUAUUACAUUCAUAAUUUAGUUUAUAGGUACGUUUGGCCUUUUUUGUGGGAAUAUGUGU